GCGAAGACGUUUUAAACUAUUCUAAUUGCAAAAAUAUGAUAAUUUCUUAUUUAUUUUAUCAUGGCAAUUAUUUUUCUAAAGCAUUAAAAAAAUAGGAAGAUUCCGAUUGCCUUCAAUAUCUCCCCACUCACCUUUCAAAGUUCGAUGCGCUCGCAACAUUAGAUAAAGAUAAAGAUGGCCAUCCCAUAUUUUUUCUCUUUCUAGUGUCUAUAAGCCGCAGCAUACACUUUUGCACGACGCAUAAUGCGUAACGCAUAAAAGAAUCAACAAAUUAAAAAAUCGUAUAAUUUUAUUAAACUUUAUUUUAUUCAUUGUUAGAAACAAAAUUUAACAAUUUGUCGCAUUUAACAAAAUGCGACUGACACUUGUGUUUCUACAUGUGAGCAUGCGUGAAGAUGGCGGAUUUCAGUCUAUGCGCAGAACAUGACGAAAAUGCGUCCGAGAAUUGAGCACACCUUUAUACUUCCAUUCCACCAUGGUCAAAGCGUUGGUUGAUGUUACUAGCGAUCGACGAUCGAGUAUUACACGUGAAGUAUGUUAAGUAGAUUGAUUAAAUUGCGAGUGACACGAGAAAUGAAAUUGAUCAGAGAUCUGUGGAGGAACUCUACUGUCGUGUAUAAGAGCGGGGUGCAGUGUACAUCUUUGAGACAUAAUGGUACUACAACAUCAAAUGUAGCUGAGGUAGCAGUGUUUUCGCGAGACGGCGACUCCGGAAUGACAAUCACAGACGCUGGUGACACGAAGCCGAAAGAUGACAUGAUCUUCAAUGCUUUAGGAGCAACUGACGAGUUAUCGUCUUACAUAGGGCUAGCAAGAGAGUUUGCUUGCGAUGGAAAAGUUGAACAUCCGUAUGUCGACAAGCUCAAAAGAGUACAAAUGAUCUUAUUUGACUUAAGUCAUGCCAUAUCAAAGUCCAUGCCUGGAAAAACUAGGUCCUUUGAAAAUAAACAUACCAAAGAUUUGGAAGAAUGGAUUCUCGAAUACGCGAAUCAGCUCCCUCCUCCCGAAGAUUACAUCAUUCCAGGCGGUGGAAAAGCUUGCGCUUCUUUGCAUGUUGCACGAACGGUAUGCAGGCGUGCCGAGAGGAGUAUUACGACACUAGUACGAGAGGGUGCUCUAGAUAAAGAAGCACAAACAUAUUUAAAUAGAUUAUCAGACUUUCUCCUAACAGUAUCACGUAUUGCGGCCAAAUGUGAUCAACGUACGGAAAAUAUUUAUAUUCCGCGAGCAGAUGUGAUGGAAGAGAAAUGAAAGAACUGAUUUACAAAUUUUUGUAGGAUAUCAACUUUUUACACAGACACACACACACACACACACA